CAAGGAAGUCAUUGGAAUUUUCGAAGUUAUGCUCAUAGCUCGAGACAAUUUGAUAAGGCUCCUACAAAGGUUUCUGAAUGUGAUUUAUAAAAAAGUAAUAUAUGACAAGUUUACAACUGAUCAGCAGGGAAGCAGGCCAGCUGCCAGCAGCGUAUAGGUGAUAGUGCGUGCAACCGAGUGGUGCAGGCAAUGCACAACGAGACCCGUUUUCAAUAUUUGAAGACUUUAACACGCGUGACACACUCGGCUUAUAUAUUUGGAAGUAUUGAUUGUCACUGCCCUUGUAGUCUGCAAUGCCACAGACUCACAGGAGUGUUGCCUUUAGUGGGAAGAAGAAAAAGGAGCAGCUGAAGGCACGCAAGGCACGGAAAAUUCUCAUCAAGUCUGGGGAUGAAAGCACCCACCACACUGAGGUCACUACAGGACUGCCUGCUGGUAUCUUAGCUAAGGUCCAGGAAGGUGAUGGAGCUGCAGGUGUGGACUAUUUGGAAGAAGUGGAGUGUGUAAAUCGCCAGCCAGACACUCGAAGCAAUGCCAACAGAUACAACCUCAAGUUCCGCAAGGAAACUCAGGAGGAGACCAGGAAGAGAAAGGCUGUUCACCACAUGGGGAUCACAUUGGCCUCAGAGUCUGACUUAGAGGCAUCAACAGGACAAUUUUAUCCUUCAGGUCUUGGGUAUCCAGCCAGGCCAGAAUGGAACAAGGGCAUGUCAAAGAGUGCAUUGGAUAUGAGUGAGAACAGGCACUUCAGGCUCUUCUGUGAGAAGCUAGACCGGGAAUUUGCAGGAACUGAUCUGAGUCUGUAUGAACUGAACCUGGAAACAUGGAGACAGCUAUGGCGGGUUACAGAGAUGUCUGAUGUGCUCCUGGUCAUUGUGGAUGCUCGCUUUCCGGUGGCUCACUUCCCACCUUACCUGUACCACCAUCUGGCAGAGAAUGAAGGACGAGGCAUCAUCCUUAUUCUCAACAAGUGUGAUCUCCUUCCCCCGGAGUUGGUGGUAGCAUGGGAGCAUUACUUCCACAAAACCUUCCCUAAAUUGCUGGUAGUCCCAUUUUCUUCCUUUGAGGGUCGCCGCCACCCACGAGGCCAGCUCCGAAUGGCUGCUGAGAGCUCAUUAAGGCUGGUUGAAGCAUGCCAGCAGUUAGUGGGAGACUUUGUUGACCUCACUCUGUGGAAGAGAAAGAUUGAGGAGGAGAGAGACAUGGAGGUGGAGGGUGGAGUGGAAACAAUAGAAGACACACAGCUGCAGGAGCCACUGAGUACCCUUCCAGAGGUGCACCAGCAUUACAAAGAUGGGGUCCUCACUGUGGGCACCAUUGGACACCCUAAUGUUGGGAAGUCCUCCCUCAUCAAUGCCCUCAUGGGAAAAAAGGUGGUAAGUGUAAGCAAGACUCCAGGCCACACCAAGCACUUCCAGACCAUCUUCCUAACAAAAAAUGUGAAAUUGUGUGACUGUCCUGGUCUGGUAUUCCCCUCAACAGUCACCAAGCCAUUACAGGUUAUCCUUGGGAGUUACCCUAUAUCCCAGAUAAGGGAUCCCAUCGGUGUAGUGCAUUAUGUUGCUGCCCGUCUUGAUAUUCCUUCUCGUCUGGGGCUUGACUACUUCAGGGAGCCUUCUGACUCACCAGGAAAAAGAGAAAAGUGGACAGCUUUUGAAAUUUGUGAGGCCUGGGCAAGGAAAAGAGGAUACUUCACUCGCACUAAAGGAGGACCAGACACAUUCCGUGCAGCUAAUGAGUUACUCAGAUUUUGUCUCAAUGGUCAGAAGUCUCUUGUACUUUACCUACGGCCUCCUGGAUACACCUCAGAUAAGGAAAAACUCAAGUCUGAUCCACGAGUUGAAGACAUCAAGCUAAUCCAAGGAAGUGUGUGCCUGGAGAACACAGCACCAGAAGACGAGGAGAAAACAGAAAAGGUCCAGGAGGAGGAGGAGGAGGACGAUGAAGAGAGUGAUGACAAUGAAGAAAAAAGAAAAUUCCCUCUACCUAAUGUGCAGAAUAAAUUUUCUCUUCUUGUUGAAGACGAAUAACCUGACUUAAUUAAAUAUCUGAAAUUAG